AUGACGUCCGCACCAGAGCUUCAACAGAAAAUCUUCAAGCGGAUGGGCUUGGAUGUUCCAGAACCCAAACCACAGCGCAAUGGACUCAGGAGAUCGGGACAGCAGCUGUCAAGAAAAGAGCAACGAAAAGCGCAAAGGGUACAGAAGCGAACCCACGUCUACGCAAGAGCAACUCCACAGCGACCACAACAUAUCAAUCAUGCUCAGAGAAGACCAAACACAACGCAGACGAAGGAGCAGGCGAAGAAAUCCCAGUCACGACCUUCAAAGCAGAUUCGUAAUGAUGAAGAUGAUCUCGACCACGAGGAUGAGGACGAUGCUGGAGACAUUUCAUUGGACGAAGACGAUGAUUUGUACGACCUGAUGGACGAUGAAGAAGACGACAACGACGAGGAUGAGGAUGAGGAUGAGGAUGAGGAAGAAGACGAGGAAGAGGAUGAGAAAAAGAAAAAGAACACAAAAGCAAAAAGUGGCAAGAAGGGUGUUUCGAAGGCCGUGCAGGAGAGACUUGCCCAGGACGACGCCGAGAUUGAGGCCUUUGAGCGAAAACUAGGCCUCAAAAAGGGACGAAAAUCACUACCUCAGUCUUUCAAGGAGGAUGGCCUUGGCGAUCUUCUAGGGGACCUUAGCGGCGAAGAAGACGUCAGCGAUAACGGCAAUGACAAUAAAAAGAGGAAAAGUGAAUAUGACGAUUGGCUGGCAUCCAAGCGAAGAAAGGCAGUAGAACCUGCAGGCCGACAAAAGGUCCGCGACAUGUCUGAAGAUGAGGAAGGGGAUGGUGAUAUGGGCUGGGACGACGAAUCUGGAGGUGAAGACGAAGACAUGGACCUCAUGGAUGAAGACGAUGAAAAUGGAGGUGACUUUGAUGACGAGUCAUUCGGCGGUUUCGACGACGACGACAACGAUGUUGCAGACAACACACCAGCUCAACCGCGACAGAGAGAGAACCCCUAUGUCGCGCCCACCACCGGAGUUGCGGUUGCGAAAUACGUCCCUCCUUCAUUACGCAGAGCCGCAAAUUCAGAAGAGGAGCGCAAAAGUCGACUUAGGAAACAAGUUCAAGGUUUGAUCAAUCGUCUUACAGAUGCCAACAUCUUGUCCAUUGUCAAGUCUGUGGAGGAGCUUUACCAAAACAAUGCACGUGGUGAUGUGACAGAUGUUAUCACGGAUGCGAUCAUGGCUCAAAUUUGCAAGCCGGAGAGCCUCCCUGAUCAAUUCUUUGUCCUCACCGGUGGAUUUGCCGCUGCUAUUUACCGGCUUAUUGGGUCGAGCUUUGGUUCAGUAUUGAUCCGCCGCAUCGUGGAAGAUUUUGGCGGUCACUAUGAGCAAGCGAGCGAGGAACAAAACGCCGAAUCCGCUAUUCAAAAGGAAGCUUCGAAUAUCCUGACACUGCUUUCACAACUUUACGUGUUUGAGGUUGUCACUUGCAAGAUCAUCUUUGAUUACAUGGAGAGACUUCUCAGCGACCUCAAUGAGAUCAACGUGGAACUUCUUCUGCGAAUAUGCCGCAUGGCUGGCCGAAUGUUGAAGCAGGAUGACCAGCAAACGCUGAAGCACGUCUCUGGGGUCCUUAACCAGUCCGUCUCAAAUGUGGGCUACAGUAAUAUCUCAGUUCGCACAAAGUUCAUGGUUGAAACCAUCACCGACCUCACCAAGGGCAAAAAGAAGGCCCGAGGCUUGGACUUUACUGUUGUCUCAGAACAUGUACAACGCAUGAAGAAGCGUCUCGGUGAGCUCAAGUCUCAGUCGCGACGGCUCGAUGGCCUUGCUCCUAUGGGCGUAGGCCUGGUCGACAUUGAGGGAGCUGAGACACGAGGUAAAUGGUGGUUGGUUGGUGCCAGUGUACCAACAACUCUCCUAGAUAAAAGCAAAAAGGGGCAUGUAUCUGAUGCUGAAAUGAGCGAUCAUGAGGACAUGGAUAUCGUUUUGCCUGAUUACCCAAAGAAGGCUCGCGCUCAAGGUUUGAGUGGAACGGCCCAGAUUGCAAUUUUCACAGCAUUGAUGACGGCAUCCAAUUUCGAGCACGCCUACAGACAAUUUGUCAACCUGCGGCUCAAGAAGGAUGACCAAUUGGCCCUCGCCACUGUCUUAGUGCAAUGUGUAGGCAGCGAAAUGCAAUACAACCCCUACUACGCUCUUGUGGGAGGAAAGGCCUGUUUGAGUAACAGCCGAAUCAGGUUUGCGAUCCAAGAUCGAUUAUGGAAGAUCUUUAGGAGUCUAGGAGAAUCCAUGUUCGGCGAAGCCCCUGAGGAGGACGAGUCGGCUGAUGCUGAGCGCAUGAAAGAUGAGAGACGAAUCACCAAUGUGGCCAAGUUCUAUGCGGCACUUGUUGCGGAUGGAACACUAAAUAUUGCCAUCUUGAAGCCUCUAGAACUUCCUGAGGCGAACCACUGGACAUCAAUGUUUAUCCAGCUACUCAUCCUUGCUCUUCUGAAGGAAUGUCGUGGCAAGAAGAAGGGCACAGAGGGAGAUAUGCUGGAGAAGAUCUUUGGUGCUGCCCGAGACUUGCCAGGCUUAGCUGCCGGUAUACAUUGGAUGCUACGGAAGAAGGUCCGGAAGACAAAAUUGGUCAGCGCAAAGGAGUUGAAAAAGCUGGAGCGCGUUUGCGAGAAGGCGCAGAUCAUUGUGCGUCCAGCGGCGAUAGAAGUGUAG